GUAACUGAAAAGUAUAAGCAAGUAUUCCUUCAGUCCUCAUACUUUUACGAUACGUUGUGGAUAUAUUUUUUUUUAUUUCUGUGAUUUUCCUAGAUUUAAUGACAAAGACUUGUGGUAGCUGUGGUACCUUCUGGUUAUACAAUGAGUGACAACAAACCGAAGAAAUUUGGCGAAGUAUUUUCACGUGGAAAUUCAUCAAAACGUUCAACCAAAUCUUAUCAUCGUAACAACGACAGAUACAGCAAGGUAGAUGACAAUGCUUCAGUCCGAUCCUCAACAUCCCACCAAAACACAAACAAAUACCUCCAAUUCUUGGAGCAGGAAAAUACGCAGUACAAGAGAGCCAGUAGUGAUUUGCAAAAAGCCCAUGAAGACCUAAAAAGGGAGUGUGAGUUGUUAAAGACAGAAAACGAAAAUUUGAGAAAAUUGCUUGAUGAAAGAGACGCAGAAAUCUUCGAUAUGUCCCAAAAACUAAAUGAAUUACACAACAGCAAAUUCAAACACUCCCGAUUUUCCAGUAUAAGGCAGAACUUCCAGAACAUCUUCCAGAGAAGGAAAACUAAGGAAGAACUUGUGAAAAAGAAAAUACUUCAAAAUGAGGCCAAUUUUAGGACAACUCUGGAGAAAAUGGAAAAAGACGCAGACUUUAAGAAUGUACCACGAGUUCUUGUUGAAGCUGUUAAAGUUUUGGAAGCAAAAUUCAUGAAUGUUAUCGGUUUAUACAGAGUAUCCGGGAAUUAUGCUGUAGUCCAGGAUAUGCGAUUUCAUAUCAACAGCAAUAAUUUUGAAGUAUUACGGACACAAAAAGAUGCUCACACAAUAACUGGGAUUAUUAAACUGUUGUUCAGAGAAUUGGAGGAACCUAUGAUAUCCCUAAAGCAUCUUGACACUCAUAUCGAUGAUAGCAACUUUUUGGCAUUGAGUCAAGAAUAUCAAAUAAUGCAGGUGCAGAAGCUAGUAGGGACUCUCCAACCAAUUCACAGAGACACUCUUCAGUUCCUAAUGAAGCAUCUGAACAAAGUUAUCCAAUACCAAGGAAACCAGAACAAUGCUCAUUCAUUAUCGGUUGUUGUUGGAGCUUGCAUAUUCUACGAACUUCUCUCAGAUGUAGACUUUCACCAAAACCUGGCCAAGUGCACAGUCUCCAAUAAAUGUAUUGAAAUCAUGAUUGAAGACUAUUCCGCAAUAUUUGAACAAGUGUAGUAUCAAAAUUUAUUUUUAAAGAAAAAUUCAAAGAAAAAAAUUCUAGCGAGUUUCAGAACGUUAUCAACUAAUUGUAUGAUACAAUAUCAAUAUUUAAAAAAAAUGACAAGCGUAUAAUUUUUUCACAGCAUUUCUUGUCGUUUUGUAUACAAUUCAUAGCAAAGAUCGGAUGUAAUUACCGUUUAAUUGGGUUCCAACAAUGUGAAGUGAGGUUGCAAAUAUUGGGUUUACUUGGAUAUGAUAGAUUUAUAUAAAAAUUCUCAUAAAUUAUAUGACCAUUACAAUAGAAAGUUCUCAAUUUAUUCGUUUAAGAAAUAUAAUGUACGAGACUUUAUUUAAAAAUCACAAUGAUUCGUAUUUUUUUUUGGAUAAUAACUUGUAUUUUUUUUUUUCAAAAUAAACCCUAAGAAUCCUUUUAUUGAUCUUCUGAUAUUCAAAAUAAAAAAAAAAGAAAUUGUCCAUAUAAGUGAAAAUGGGCAGCUUCCGAUGGUCUAAAUCUAAAUUUCCUAAUAUUGGAUUUUUUUGGAUUUCACAAAAAAAUAUUCUUAAACCAUUUCCCUCAUGAUGAUGAUCUUAAACCAUCAUAAUUUCUUUUGCGAUAAUAAACUUAACACCUGCUCCUAAGUUAAUAGAAUACAUAAAUAAAAUAGAAGUCGCUUUAGGCGCCUUCAAAAGCUGACAAUCUUCUCCCUGCCAAUAUAGGUAUUCAUUUUAUCACGUAGAUAUGUUUCUUAUUUAGAAAAUUACUUAUCGGUUCAUGAUUGUCAGGAAUUCCAAGACCUUUCCAACUAACCCAAACAUGAUACCAUUCGGUUGAGAAAUGCGCUAUAGAGCUUUUAAACUUUUGAAAUUGAAAAACCGUUAUUAGGAAUAAUUCAAUUCAACGCUAUUUUCGUAUACGGAGGUAAUAAUGUCCACCUGUGUAAUGUCUAAAACACAUUCAAAAACGAAAAAAUCAUAUAACGCGUUUUCGAGCAAUCCCAAAAAAUAUAGUUUUGGAACUGUGUCGGGAAUAAGGGGCAUGUUAAUCGUCUCAGGGUUGCCUUAUGGGGGGGUCCCCUAGGUCCCAAGUCUCUAUCUCUAACCGUUUGGUUUGGGUCUAAGAGUGGUAAAGGCCAGACGCACAGACUGGCGCAGACGAACAAACAACGCGACGUCAAAAAACCAAAACUUCAAAUUCUCAAAUUUUACUAAGAUACGACCUCUUGGGGGGUAAGGAGUCAAAAUAUAUAUGACUAAAAAUUUGGAGCUUUUAUACUGGAAACAUUGCGAGUUUUCAUCUAAAACAGUUAACCGGAUCAUACAAAAUUAGUCAUGUUGGAAACACAUAAAAUUUUGAAAAUAAAAACAAAAA